UCAGCUCUUCUGUGCUUACAGGAGUAAUUGUCUAGAAGCAUGGCAUGGAAAAUUGUAUCUCUUCAACUGAAAGGGGAUUUGACACAUUAUUGCAAACCUUUUGCUUUCCUGGUUAGCACAGGAGACUGAAGACCAGUGUAAUUUGACUAAUGAAAUAAUCAGGGGAUUUAAAAAGAGGCUGGAAGUGUGUAGAUAUGUUUGAAUUGUAAGAAUCCUGUGGAGGAUCAGCAAAUAUGAUUUCUAAUCCCCAGCAGAGUGACUCUUGUCUUGAACAGCUUGUUGUGAGAGCUCUAACUAGGGAAUUCCCACCAGGAUUGGCAGGAAAAGGUUUCUAAGGAGGCAGUUAAAAAUCACCAAGUUUAUUGAGAUAGCAUUUAACUAGUGACACGUCUAUUAGAUUUGUAGAGGCUACAUUUACAUGAUGGACAGUGAGACCACUGACCCAUUACACCGAACUAUUCGUAAAGUAGCAUGUGCCUUUAACGGUGAAUGUAUGGCUGGUUGCCUUCCACAUGCCUGGUGCAGGUCUGCUCCCUCCUCUAAUCUCUCCUAGAUGUUUUCUGCAUGUGUUGUGUGACAGCAGGGAAAGGCAGUGGGUUGAGCUUGCCUGUUCUCCCAUUGUCAGUUUGCCUUUGCUGUAGUAGGGAAAACCUGUCUGGGAGAUCCUGUGUCAUCUCUGCAUGUGGACAGGAAAAGUCAGCACUGCUCUCUGGACUCCUCUUCCUCUCCGUACAUUUUCCUUUCAUUCAGCUCCCACACACUGACUGAGGUACUAACUGAGGCACAGAGAUCAGGAUUAGUUCCCCAGCCGGUCAUCACAGCAGAUCUUGGAUGAAAGCAGUGUAUCUGUAAGCUCCAGCAUUGCAGCACCCGUUCCUUCUCCCUCUCCACACAACAGUGGUGCCUCAUUAUCUAGUGCCUGCUUCAUUAUUUAUUUUUUUCUCCUCAACGCCUGAAGUUUGCAGUCUUGUGCCUAUGCCUGUCACCGGGGGAGAGAUGAGGAGCUCCAUUCUACCAGUGUUGCUCAAAUGAGACUGCCUAAAGUCACCUGUUCUCCGACUUGUUAGACCCCUCGGACUGUUAGACUGCAGUAGGGAGCACCAGGCUGCAUAGGGACCUAGAGGAUCUGUUUGCUCCUCAGCAUGGGCUCUCUCACUGGGAUUGCAUUUCUUUUCUUGGGAGUAUCAAUAACAACUAGAGUGAACUGUCAGAAUGUCAAAAAUAACGUGCCCAGGGUCAAAUUAUCUUACAGAGAAAUGCUGGAUGCCAAUAACUUAAUCACAUUCAGUGGCUUGGCUAACAGCUCAAAUUACAACACUUUGGUAUUAGAUGAAGAACGGGGAAGGCUAUACGUUGGAGCUAAGGAUCACAUAUUUUCAUUUAACCUGGCUAACAUCAAAGAUUUCCAAAAGAUUGCUUGGCCUGUAACAAAUACUAGAAGGGAUGAAUGCAAGUGGGCAGGAAAAGAUAUUGUGAAAGAAUGUGCAAAUUUCAUUAAGGUUCUUAAAGCCUAUAACCACACUCAUUUGUACGCCUGCGGGACUGGAGCGUUUCACCCUGUCUGUACCUAUAUUGAUAUUGGCUACUAUCCUGAGCAGGAUAACAUAUUUAAACUGGAGGAUUCACUGUUUGAGAAUGGUAGAGGAAAGAGCCCUUAUGACCCCAAACUUUUAACUGCCUCCAUUCUAAUUGAUGGGGAGCUAUAUUCUGGAACUGCAGCAGAUUUUAUGGGAAGAGAUUUUGCCAUUUUCCGCACGCUUGGAAAUCAUCAUCCAAUUAGAACUGAGCAGCAUGAUUCCAGAUGGUUAAAUGAUCCCAGGUUCAUUGGUGCAUAUCUAGUUCCAGAGAAUGACAACCCAGAAGAUGAUAAAGUAUAUUUUUUCUUUCGGGAAAAUGUAAUAGACGGAGAACAUAAUGGAAAAGCCACACAUGCUCGAAUAGGACAACUAUGCAAGAAUGACUUUGGAGGACACAGAAGUCUGGUUAACAAAUGGACAACUUUCCUAAAGGCUCGUUUAAUUUGUUCUGUGCCUGGUCCUAAUGGAAUUGACACGCAUUUUGAUGAAUUGCAGGAUGUUUAUUUAAUGAAUUCUAAAGACCCUAAAAAUCCAGUUGUAUAUGCAGUGUUUACAACUUCAAGUAAUGUAUUCAAAGGCUCCGCUGUAUGUAUGUACAGCUUGUCUGAUGUUCGAAGAGUGUUCUUGGGUCCAUAUGCUCACAGAGAUGGUCCUAAUUACCAGUGGGUGCCGUAUCAAGGACGAGUUCCUUAUCCAAGACCAGGAACUUGCCCAAGCAAGACUUUUGGUGGUUUUGAUUCUACAAAGGAUCUGCCAGACGAAGUCAUCAUGUUUGCUAGGAGCCAUCCAGCCAUGUACAACUCUGUUUUUCCAAUCAACAACCGCCCAAUCAUAAUUAAAACAGAAGUGGAUUAUCAGUUUUCUCAGAUAGUGGUUGAUCGUGUGGAAGCAGAGGAUGGCCAGUAUGAUGUAAUGUUUAUUGGAACAGAUAGGGGGACAGUUUUGAAAGUAGUUUCAGUGCCAAAGGAGACCUGGCAUGAUUUGGAGGAAGUGCUCCUGGAAGAAAUGACAGUAUUCAGGGAGCCAAGUCCUAUUUCAGCCAUGGAGAUCUCCACAAAGCAACAACAACUGUACAUUGGUUCCUCAAUGGGAGUUUCCCAACUCCCACUACACCGCUGUGAUGUUUAUGGAAAAGCAUGCGCUGAAUGUUGUCUUGCCAGGGACCCCUAUUGUGCCUGGGAUGGUUCUUCAUGCUCCCGUUACUUUCCUACUGCUAAAAGGAGAACACGACGGCAAGAUAUCAGAAAUGGUGAUCCUCUAACACACUGCUCAGAUCUUCAGCAUCAUGAUGAUCCGCACAGACAGAAUCUGGAAGAGAAGAUCAUCUAUGGUGUGGAGAACAGCAGCACAUUCCUGGAGUGCAGUCCUAAAUCACAGCGAGCCAUGGUUUUUUGGCACUUCCAGAAACAAAAUGAAGACAAAAAAGAAGAGAUAAGAAUGGAUGAUCGUACAAUAAAAACAGAACAUGGCUUACUAUUGCGCAUCCUCAAGAAGAAAGAUUCAGGGAUAUACUAUUGUAAUGCCAUAGAACAUGGAUUUAUGCAAACCCUACUCAAAGUAACUCUGGAAAUUAUUGAUACAGAACAUCUAGAUGAACUAUUGCAUAAAGAUGAUGACGGUGAAAACCACAAACACAAAGAACCAUCAAAUAGCAUGUCUCCAACACAGAAGAUUUGGUACAGAGACUUCAUGCAGUUAAUAAACCACCCAAAUCUCAAUACAAUGGAUGAAUUUUGUGAGCAAGUAUGGAAAAGAGACCGCAAACAGCGUCGUCAAAAAAAUCCCAAUGCCCAAGUUAGCCCCAAUAAAUGGAAGCACCUACAAGAAAAUAAGAAGGGCAGAAACAGGAGGACCCAUGAGUUUGAAAGGGCACCGAGGAGUGUCUGAUCUGCAUUACCUCUUCAAACCUCAUCCGAGUAGGAUUUGUAUAGACAUUAAACUGGAAAAAUGCAAUAUUCAUGAAUCUUUUCAUGGCAUUAUUUGGAUGUUUACAGGGUGGAAAGUUCUGCAAAUUUUCCACUAAGUCUAAAUAAAAUACAUUAGUAACUUUCCAAAUAGACAGACUAUUUAGUCAAAAUAUAAGAUUUUAAAGACAAGGUGUCUCAGCUUGGUUUUCCCAUUUCUAAAGCAUUUCUCAACAGAUUGUUUUCUGUACUUCCUUCCUUUCCCAAGAAGAAACAGUUAGUUUACCAUCCUGCUAUUGAAAUGAGAAAAGCCUAGCAUUAGUCAACAACACAGUUCCGGAACUAGAUAUGACAUUCAAUAUCCUUGUUGAUGAGGAGCACUUCUCAAGUUCGGAUUGGAUACACACAUCUACUUUUGCCUAACACCAUUGUGCAUAUUUGUAUGAAAAUAUAGUAUGAUGCCUGGGAAUAUAUGAAAUAUAAACCAUGAACUGCAACAAUAAUUUCACCAAUAACCAGCAAACAAGUCGGGCUUACUGAUCUACUACUGAUAUCUUCAACCAGCUUUGACCUGAAUUUGUAUUGUACUAAUCUUUAAUUUAAAUGUACCAUGACAAAUAUGCAGUAAAUGUAGGUCAUUUUUUGUUCGUUUCUUUAAUAGUUAUAGGAACAAUUCUUCUGUCUUGCACGCAUUAUUUCAUGAAAAGAAAGUCUUUAUUUUUAUUUUUCUGUUCACAUUUUUAAGAAGUGCUGAAUUGAAUGCAUAACAAGGGAAUGAUGUGUCAUAUUUCUAACCUAUUUUCUAAGCUAAAAAUAAAGUAGAAUGCAAGACUUAAAAUUUCUAGUUGAUUAGUAUACAGAAAACAAAUAUUCUUGGAAUGUGAUGUUUUGGAUCCCGUAACUAAUAAGGAAAAUAGCUUUUAUAACUUCCUGAGUAUUUUAGUUAAUUAAAGGUGAUCACAUAUGGUGCAAUUAUAUUUAGUUAAUUUUACUAAGUUGACCAAAUAUUAUCUAAAAUUGACUCAAUGCAGUUGUUGUAUAUGACCAAAGUUGAACAGAUUUGAUCCAAGUAUUUUGCAAAACUGUUUAAAAUGAUGACCUUCAUUUCUACCUGCUUUUGGUCAUUGUUCUAUAGUCUCUGUAAGCGAUUGAAGAAAUGUGAUGCAGAUGUUUUACCAAAUACUUUAACACCCAGAAAAAUGAAAUUAACCAGCUUUAUGGCCAAAUUGUAUAUUGGUUCUUUAAUAUGGAAUGCUAUGCAUAAAUAUGGCUUAAAUAUGAAAUAGCAGAAAAAUAGGGGGAUUCUUUUUGUGCCAUACACCUUGAAAUAAAUAAAGGCAAUACAAUUACAAGUAAAUAUAUAUACAUUGCACCCCACAACAUGAGAUAUAUAUCUAUGUAUAUAUAUAUAUAUAUAUAUAUAUAUAUAUAUAUAUAUAUAUAUAUAUAUGAAUACCCAUGCUUUGCUGUGGAAUUUAAAGUAUUUCAGUACAUAUAACUAAUUUUGAAGGACUUCCUGGUAAACUAUUUAGACUUACAACAGGACAUGCUCCGCCAGCCGCUGCCAAUCUUUGUCAGGCUGCACCUCUGGGCAGGCCUUCCCCCAGAUAGAUGCUGUAAAAAAGCUGGUACUGAGGAGAAUAAUCCACCUCCUUCUCUGCCCCAUUCCGCCUCUGAUGCUGCACUGCUCAGUGCUGUAAAUGCUGGGACAACAGGCCAAGCUCCUCCCGCUAUAUGUUAAAUAUGUAAAGUUUGCAGGGAUAGGCUGACUCUAUUCCAAAGGGCCCUAUGUCUCAUUGCUUAGCUUCUCACUCUCAUUAGGGCUCCUCCUUUGAGGUAAAAAGGUAAAGAUUUUCACACAACACUUAAGGUCACUGGGAGAGCUGUCGGUAGCCUUUACACAUCAGAUAAGCAGUUGCUGACUAUCAAGCUUUCCUUUAAUGCAUUUAGGAGUCAACAUAUCUAUGUCUCCUUUCCUCCUAUUGCUGUCUGAGAGAUUCGGCAUUGUUUAGUUCAAGUGACAGGUUAACCUCUGAUAAUUGAGACGAUAUCCUCUCCUGACUGGAAAUAGGUUGGUUAAGUACUUAUAUCUGAAAUCUAUUUAUAUAUAAAAGGCAAAUACCACUGACUCAUCACAAAAUCUCCUGAACCAUAAGGCUGCACUUCCUUUCCAGUGGCAGUUUUAGAGCAGUCCAUUAUUCAAAUAGGAGAUCCACACUCAGCAAUGUUUGACAUUGUUUAUGUGUUUAUGGGUUGCAGUUGAUGUGGAUUCCCCAUUUGAAUAAUGGAGUGCUCUGCAACUGCCACUGGCAAGGAAGUCCAGGAACAGAGCAUUGUGUCCUCCCCCCUCUGCAACUUGGUAUCACCGACACCAUGCAUUCUUUAUAGCCCCGGCUGGGUGGGCUGUUAACUUUCCUCUGUGAUGGGGGAAUUAUCUCACCCCUUUUAACCCCUUUGUGGGUGGAAUUUUGAAAAAUCCCUUCUUAGUGGGAGCCUACGUCACAAAAGCAAGCUACUGUCCAAGUUUUAAGUUCCUAGUCCUUAUGGUUCAGGAGAUUUUGUGAAGAGUCAAUGGUAUUUGCCUUUUAUAUAUAAAUAUAUAGAUAUAGAUAUAUGAAAAAAAUAUGCUUAGAGGUCUUUUCUUGUAUAUGUCAACUCUUGAUUGAGCCAGAUGUGGUUUUUCUUCUUGUGUAUCAUGAAUUGAAUGUGAUUUGUUUUCAUCAUAUAAUCUGGGUCCAGAGUCCAGUAUCUCCCAAAUUUCCACGUUUCUUAUAUAAUCCUUGGCAGUGCCAUAAAAGUGGAUGAGGAGUGCACCAUAGGGUGUAACUUCAUUUAAAAUUCAUUUGUUUGACAUUUAUACAGAAGACAGUGUUUUGAUUUACUUUAGUAAAUUAAAGAAGUCUUUCUAAACAUAGCAUAGGAAUCCAGGUGAAUAGACAAAAUUAAUUUGUAUCAGAGGUAGGUUUCAAAAGAGACACCAAAUUCCUCAGGAACUCCGGAAAUCCUCAAGGUGGUGCAGACAUCCCAAAUGAAACAACUCACUCAGGUUCUGCAGAUUAUUGAAGUCACACUCACAGGCAGUGUGCCUUGGUUAAUCCUGGACUCUGAAUACAGACUAUGCAGUAUGCUGAACACAAGUCAUGUUUAGUUUAUGACACAUGUUAAGAAAGUCUGGCACAAUCAAAAGUUCACAUAUCAAGACUCAUAACAGAUAAGACCUUUAUGUGUUUUUUUGCCAUAUAUAUCAUUUUGUUCCUUCUAUUAUGUGUAUUGCAUUUAUUUAAAGUGGUUUAGCACCCAAAGAAUCACUUUUUUUCAAUUAUUGUCUUUUUGAGUCCUCUUUCUGGUGGGAAAACCAGUGUAUUCUUAUAAGACAAGAAAAAGUCAAGCAAGUCCCCUGGGCGCAAAGCCGCCUGUACACUUCUGGUGUCAAAAUAAAUGCCACCACAUUUAUGAAACACAGAUAUUUUACACAACAAAUAGACACCAGAUUGCGUCCUAGGCGCUUAAAAAAUAGUUGAUUUGUACAAUACGUUCCUUUUUGGAGAUGGGAUGGCCUCAGAAUUGGUUCCCGCCUUGUGUAUUCUUAUGCUGCUUUAUCUACACCUAGUGCACCUCAGAGUCCACCGUAUACAUUUUUCAAAAAUGAAAUGUCUUCAUAUGAUAUGCAUCCUAUUUUUUGUAAAUGACUCCUCUUUAGACAUGUUUACUUGCUUAUUGCUUGUUUAUUUAUUUGUAGCCCUUGAUUUACUAUGAAUAACACAGGCAAUUAAAGCUGAUCAUAUGUCAGUCUUUCAGCAUGAUUGCCAAAUGAUCACAUCUGCACAGAUGACAUGUUGGUCAGUAGUGGGGCUGAAAGAUAAGCUCACAUAGGGCGGAGUCAGAGAUGUCAAGUGAUGGCUGUAUACAGAUUUAUUCAUUUAGUAGAAAUGAUUUGUACUUUGUACUAGGAACAAUAAGAAGCCCAUGCAUACAACUAUAUUGGACCAAUAAGGUUGUUUGUUGGCCAACUUUAUGUUACAACAUGACAUCAUUUGUUUAUAUUUAUUUAGUAGUGCAAUCAUUAUUUAGUACUGUUAAACAAUUGAAACAGUUAACAGACAAAUGGUGCAAGGUAUACAAAAAUAAAAGAUUCCGACCAUACCACAAUACAACACUUUUGAUCUUGGAAAUCCCUGUAUUUAGUGCUACACCUUUUCUUCACUAUAUUGGUUCAGCUUUACAGUUCAGAGGAAGACUCAUAUAGCAACAUUAGAGUAUUCUGCUAAUUAUUAGCAAAAACAUUAAUGACCAUUUUUCUAUUCUGUUUAUUACUUUCUAUUAUGUUACAUUGUAUUUUUAGGCAAUACAGUGAAAUAAUUUAUAAACAGUGUUGCAAUUUGUUUUGUUAAGAUAUCACUUUGAAAGCUAAAACAUGUCUGACUUAUUGUGAAUAGUUUAUACAGUAUUUUAUCAAUGUGUAGUGUUUUUUUAUUUAAUUUAGAAUUUUGGCAUCUCUAGAGUGGCACCAUGAUAAAACUGCCGUUAACCACUACUUUGAGAGUCACUGACUGAGUGUUCUUGCAGUUGCACUGAGAAAGUUUUUUCAAAUAUAAUUUUGGUUUUCAAUUUGUUGUUUAGUUCAUUUAUCAUGGUAGUAGAUAGACAUGAACAAUAUAUAAAUAAAACCUUAACAUACAUUUGUUAAAUAUCUGGCUGAUCUGCUUCAACUGCCAUCUUUGUAUAGAGCCCACUGACACAUAUCACCAAUGAUAAAGCAGGCAACAGACUACUGCACUGACAAUGGAAUCUGUGUUUUGUUUUUUGCGAAAUACUAUUGGCUUCAACACAAAGUUUCUUUAUAACAGAAAAUAGGAAUAAAUAAAAAUGACCAUAGGCUGACAGUGUUUUGCUAAUAAUGUGUUUAUUGUAUAUUUUUUAUCAGCAUAUUUCUUGUAGUCAUCAUUUUACUAACUCACAUAAAUGUGUCAUCUAUAACAUGACUUGUUAUGCAUCUUUCAUUUACUGCUAAAAAGAUCUUACUGCUAGCCCUCCUACUGUUUGUACUACUCCUCUCAUUCGAGAUUUGGAGGACCAGCAUUACUUUAACGCAUGCAAGCAGCAAUUCAUUUAUCAAUCAGCCAGUCAUGGCAAUAUCUGAGUAGGAGGUCUUCAUCGUACAAUAAAAGUCCUUCUGUGUCUCCAUCACUAGGAAUCAUGUAGUGAAAAUUGAUACCAUUCAUGAGGAUGGUGGUAACACAUUUACCCUUACACUAUUUGUUGCUAGUCUUUGGUCUAAUUACGGUUACUAAUUAAGUUUCUAGGGCAAAUACUGUACAUAGUCUAUCAGAAGAUCAGUGCUCUCAGCACAAGUCCCAGUAAAAGUUAACGCGCUAAACACAUACCAUAAUGGAUAGAUGUAAUAGACACAGUUUAUUUAAAUCAUUUCUGAGUACAUUUCAUUUGUUCUGUAUUUAUUUCACAUGGCAUUCUUUUUGCUCUUGGAUGCAUCAUUAAAUAAAUAUUUAAGUUUUCACUAUUGCCUCUUGAUGUAAUAGCAUUGCAGCUUGUCAUUCGAGAUUAUUUAUUAUUCAUGUCUGCACGACUGUUUUGGAGCACCAAAAUACUGAAACCUUUAUCUACCAUAAAAUAUAAUCAUGGAUCCAAAACAUGUAUUUUAUUCAGAAUAUUUAUCUGUAUGUCCUCUUAUAGUUUCUUCCCAAUGGUUGCAAAAGCACAAUGUGGUUCCCAACCAUAACAAUGACACCUGUGUGUUGGCACAAUAACUCCACAUAUCCCCGUCUUACAGCCACCCACCUAUUAAAGUCAUAAUGACUUACAGGAUAUAGCACAGAUGGGCCCCACUGCAGUAGUUGAUACAUACAUUUGGUCUAGAGAAGUAAAGCAGGCCAGGAUGGGAAGCAUAUGGUUUAUGUAGAUAGUACCGCACAUCUUUUUAAAUAGUCUUCCACUGUCAUCUUCAUGAAUCAUAAAACAUGAAAAGUCUGUAUUUUGGAUGACGAUGCAGCAAUUGUGCAAAAUGUGGCUUAGCAAUUGCUGUACAGAUUCAUGGCCCACUUAUAGCAACUACUGUAUGUAAUAAAGACCUCAAAGAAACUAAUUGCAUGUGAACAAACAGUUUCUGAUUCUAUUUUAUGCAGUAUUUAGUGUUAUCAAUUGUAUGUGUUUAAAUAGUUUGGUUUUGCUACCUAAACAUUAGCCAAAAGAGAUGUAAAUAUUUUUAAAUAGUUAGGGAGCUACAGUGUAAUGUACUGAUAAUCAUAGGUACUCCAUUUCAAUGUGGUCACGUACAGUAUAUCCAUACAGUACACAAAUCCAAACAUCAGCCGCAUACUAUGGCCUCGCAGUGGUAAUUUUGCUGUUAAAGGUGUGUUUCUAUCAAGCUGAAGAACAAAGUGCAUAUGUUUCAUUGCUAUAUUUAUCAAUACAUUGUAUAGGGGAAUAAAAAACUGGAGAGGAAAUGUAUUGAGACUUGCUGCUGUAAAUUAUUCUUUUUGGCAUGUAUUCAGUUGUUAAAUAAACAUUUCUUCA